CGUUUAGGGCCGCGUUCGAUAAGCGAACGCGCUGCGUCUCGCGAUGCCGGAGUUCGCAUGUUAUUUGUAGAGUACCCUAAAUUAUCCCGAUACGCAUACGCGGAUCAUCUCGAGACCUCCACGCCGCAUGGAAUUCCAGCUACUCGGCAGUAGCGGGUUCGAAGCUAAAUCGGGAAAUUUUUUCUACGAAGAAACCUUCAUUUUCCUCGACACUCUCGGCAUUCACAUCGAGAGAAAGUUCCUCGGCAUCAGGACCUCGUCUCAGUUCGUGCCCUUGAACCUCAUCAAUGAUUUAGUCAUCUGUGAGCGUAUCGAGGACUUCGGAAUCGUCCAUUGCCUCCUAGCGCUCGUAGAAAAUGAGGAGCCUCUCGAUAUCUUCGUCAAGUGUCCGCCGACAUUGAAAGAGCUUGUCCCGCUCUACAACUUCAUCCAAGCUCGAAGAGAUGCUUCUGCUAAGGUGCAGCGUACUGAGUCAUGAGCGGCUGUUGAGCUCGACGCUGCUCAGAAAUGUCAGGUGCUUGCAGGACCUGCCGCCGUCCAUCGCGGCGCGGAAAAAAGCCUUCCAGGAGAAGAAAGCCGACUUCCAGAGAAAGAGAGCCCAAGUCACUGCUCGAGUCCGGGAGGCCAAAAACCUCGCUAGAGAACGAAUUAAUAUCUACCGAGAGAACAUAUUGACAAUCCCCAACCUGCUGUCGGUGACGAGAAUCGUCUGUACUCCGCUCCUGGGCUACUGGGUUUACACCGGCGCCUAUACACCGGCACUCGGACUCUUCGGAUUCGCUGCUGUAUCUGAUCUGCUGGACGGUCAGAUAGCACGUCGAUGGCCGAGCCAACAGAGUAUGGCCGGGACGGUGCUCGAUCCUCUCGCGGACAAAUUGCUCGUCGGAACGCUUUUCCUGACCUUGACCUACGCUCAUAUCAUUCCGUGGCCACUGACUGUUCUCAUAGUGUGUCGCGACGUGGGUCUUAUGGGCGGAUCUUUAUACCUCAGGUACAAAUCGUUACCAGAACCUAAAACUGUGGGCAGGUUCUUCGAUCCCUCACUCAUAUCACUGAAAUUCGAACCCACUUUCUUGAGCAAAGCCAAUACGUCGAUUCAGCUGCUGCUCGUCGCUUGUUCGUUAGGAGCGCCGGUAUUCGAUUUUGUCUCCCAUCCAGCUCUGUCGGCGUUGUGCUACUUGACGGCCACGACAACGUUUGCCUCCAGUAUGGAAUAUGCGAUUCGGAGGGACACGUAUAGGUUUCUGCGCAGAACGCCGUUCGCCAGGAAGUUCAGGUCGAGGAGCUACAUUAAAGAUACUUCGAAGAAAACACUCCCAGAGUGAUUGUUGAUCAUGAUGAGUACCUAGACAAAUUUACAGAGUGUUAUCUCACAGUCCAAAGCGAAUGUAAAUAAAUUUCCAUAUACAAGUAUUUUACUCAA